CAAACAUGGCGGAGAGAAGCACGACAGCAGAAUCGGGUAGCGACAUAGGAAUUGAUGAAAUUAUUACAGGAAACUUAAGCAAAUAUACUGCUGUUCCUCCAGGUUACUAUGGACAGGCAAAAAAAGGUCAUCUUGUAUUUGAUGCCUGCUUUGAAAGUGGGAACCUUGGACGUGUGGACCAUAUUACUGAAUUUGAAUAUGAUCUCUUCAUCAGACCAGACACAUGUAAUCCACGUUUUCGAGUUUGGUUCAACUUCACAGUUGAAAAUGUAAAAGAAUCUCAG